UGCAGAGCAAAGGAAGAACAGUCUUGCAGUUGGUAGAGUGUGUUAAUUGAAAGCAUGUUGGCUACUAAGCUGUCCCGGCCCCUCCUGAACUUCUCUGUGAAAGCCCUGAAUUUCAAGGACCCGGUGAAUGGCCUCAGACCCAUGCAAAGGUUUUGCCUCCCUCUCUUGUCCUCAUGUGACAGCCGCUCUUAUGCAAGUGAAGUCGAUCAGAUUGGCAGCAGAGCUGUGCUUAUAACAGGUUGUGACUCAGGCUUUGGAUUUGCCUUGGCCAAGCACCUGCAUGCCAAAGGCUUCGUUAUUUACGCUGGCUGCCUGCAAAAGGACAAGGGAGAAGGUGGGUCCAAGGAACUGGACAGCAUGAACAGUGAUCGAAUGAGAACAGUCCAGCUGAAUGUCUGUGACAGCAAAGAAGUAGACCGAGCAGUGGAGCAUGUGAAUAACAGCCUGGAGGACCCAGAGAAGGGGCUCUGGGGACUGGUUAACAAUGCUGGGAUCUCCACAUUCGGGGAAGUUGAGUUCACCAGCAUGGACACCUACAUGGAGGUAGCUGAAGUGAACCUAUGGGGGACUGUGCGAACCACCAAGGCUUUCCUCCCGCUCAUCCGGAGGUCAAAGGGUCGUGUGGUGAACAUCAGUAGCAUGAUGGGCCGCAUGGGCAGUCCUGCCCGCUCACCCUACUGCAUCACCAAGUUUGGCGUGGAAGCCUUCUCCGACUGCCUGCGGUACGAAAUGCAGCCCCAGGGAGUGAUGGUCAGCAUCGUGGAGCCUGGCAACUUCAUAGCUGCCACCAACCUGUACAGCCCCGAGCGCAUCAAAGCCAUCGCCGACAAAAUGUGGGACGAGCUCCCUGAGAUAGUGCGCAAAGACUAUGGCAGGAAGUACUUUGACGAGCAGGUCAGCAAGAUGGAGACAUACUGCAACAGCGGCUCCACGGACACCUCGCCUGUCAUUGAGAGCGUGACCCACGCGCUCACCUCCACUGCCCCCUACACCCGCUACCACCCCAUGGAUUACUACUGGUGGCUCCGCAUGCAGAUCAUGACGCACAUGCCUGCUGCCAUUUCUGACCGGCUCUAUGUCUACUGAGGCUACCCAGCUGGGAAAUCCAUUGUAAAGAGAGCAUUGUACACACUUCCCAUUAGUCCUUUUAAAGUUUUUCUAACCUCAUUUCAGAGUACUGUAUUUUAGCUCUAAAGGGUUCAUUUAAACAUCUGACAUAACCUAAAGGGCAAUAAUUUGCAAGGGAUGCUUCAUAGGCAGGAAUCCGUUAUGUUUGUGCAGAGACAUUGAUUCUUUGCUAUUUAU